ACUCAACCAGUUCUUACACUGUUUUCUCUCUCUAGAAAACAGAGUCUCUUCUGUCUUUCUCCUUCCUUUUCCCCUCCUUUCUGGGUGUUGUUUGGCUCCCAUUUCUUACCCCCUUCUCGAGGAUAAUAAGAAGGGGAAAAAGACUAAACCACCCCCCUUUCUGAGGUCCGUUUGGCUUUGGUGUUCCUCAACCAGCAACUGAGGAAGUUGUGUAACACUUUGAAAAUGGUACUUAGUAUUUUCUGAGGGAAAAAUGGAGAGGCAACAAGAAGAAAUGGGAUUUUAUGGGGAUCAGUUUGACCCAAACAACAUAAUUAUGGGAAGGGAUAAUAAUAAUAAUAAUAAUAUUAAUAAUAAUAAUAGCAAUAAUAUUAAUAAUAAUAAUAGCAAUAAUAUUAAGGAAGAUUCUGGAAGUGAGAACUAUGAAAGUGUCUCAGUCUCAGUUGGGGAUGUUCCUGAGCCUGAACCUGAAGGAGCUUCUCAAAUUAAGACCAAAGGAAGGAGGAAGAGAUAUCAUAGGCACACUCCUCAACAAAUUCAAGAACUUGAGAAUUUCUUUAAGAACUGUGCUCACCCAGAUGAAAAACAAAGGCUGGAAAUUGGAAGGAGACUGUCAUUAGAGAGCAGACAAGUUAAGUUCUGGUUUCAGAAUCGUCGAACACAGAUGAAGACACAAAUCGAACGACACGAAAAUGUAGCCCUUAAGCAAGAGUAUGACAAGCUUCGAGUUGAGAACAUCGCGAUGAAGGAUGCUUUAAGAAACCCAAUGUGUCAAAACUGUGGAGGUCAGGCCAUACUAGGGGAAGUAUCCAUGGAACAACACCAUUUAAGGGUCGAGAAUGCCCGUUUAAAGGACGAACUUACCCGUGUUUGUGCUGUUUCCGAGAGGUUCUUGGGCAAACCCAUAACAGAUUUGGUCGGUCCUAUAUCAAUCCCGACUUCAAACUCAAACUCAAACUUGGACCUAUCCAUGGGUCGAGGUGGCCUAAUGAGUUCAACACCCCCGUUACCCUUGGGACUUCAUUUGGAAAAUGGGGUUUCAAGCAAUUCUACCAUGACAACGGAGUAUGAGAAAUCGAUGUUUAUGCAGGCUGCAAUGGCGGGUAUGGAUGAACUUCUUGGUAUGGCUCAGACUGAUAGUCCUCUUUGGUUUAAAGGGUUGGAUGAUGGUAAAGAGAUGCUUAAUCAUGAGGAAUAUAUCAAGAAAUUCUCGACUUUUAUUGGAAUGAAACCUUGUGGUUUUGUUACCGAUGCUUCAAGGGAGACGAGUUCAGUGUUCAUUUCUAGCUUGGAGCUUGUGGAAACCAUGAUGUUCCCUAGGCAAUGGCAAGACAUGUUUCCAUGCAUGAUUAGCAAGGCCGCGACUGUGGAGGUUCUUUUCAGCGGCGCUGGUGGCACUCGUGAUGGUGAAAUUCAGUUGAUGAAUGCGGAGUUUGUGUUUCCCUCACCUUUCGUGCCUUUCCGGCAUGAGAAGAUACUGCGGUUCUGCAAACAGCAUUCCGAAGGCAUGUGGGCCGUGGUUGACGUUUCUGUUGACAUGAUCCGAGACCCAUCGUUUUCAAGGUCCAACAACAUCAAGUGGAGGAGACUUCCUUCUGGUUGCAUUGUCCAAGAUGUUGCUAAUGGCUAUUCCUUGGUUACUUGGAUUGAACAUGUGGAAUACGAUGAGAACUGUAUCCACCAACUGUAUCGACCGUUGCUGCGAUCGGGAAUGGGUUUCAGUUCUCAAAGGUGGCUUUCGACCCUACAGAGGGAACGGGACUGUGCUGCCAUCUUCAUGUCUGCUAGAGUUCUUCCUGAUGACACCACAGUAGGAGUUGUUACGCAAGAGGGAAGAAGAAGCAUAUUAAAGCUAAUGAGGCGAAUAAGCAACAAUUUCUGUUCGGGCUUGUGUGCGUCAUCUGCCUGCCGGUGGGAGAAGCUGCAAGUCGGAGGGUUGGGUGCUGAUGUUUGUGUCAUGAGCCGGGUCAGCAUAGACGAGCCCGGUGAGCCCUCGGGUGUGGUGCUUAGCGCCUCGACUUCCGUUUGGAUUCCGGUACCGAGGCAGCACAUAUUUGACUUCUUACGAGAUGAGAAACUCCGUGGGAAAUGGGACAUCUUAGCCAAUGGUGGCCCGAUGGAAGUGAUAGCCCGCCUUGCCAAGAGCCAUGAUGGGAAUAACUGUGUUUCCCUAUUAUGUCCACCUGCCGCUCCAGCAAGGGAGAGCAACAUGCUGAUACUACAAGAGUCGUGGACAGACCGUACAGGUUCCUUCAUCGUAUACGCGCCUGUUGACUCAACAUCAAUGGAGACGGUCCUGAGGGGCGGAGAUUCUGACUAUUUAGCUCUCCUGCCCUCGGGUUUUGCAAUUGCUGAUGCGCCUAUAAACCCGAACGGGCUUACAUUAGCCCAUGACAGUGGCCCGGGAGCAGGAACUGGUGCAUCUGCAUUGACUUUAGGGUUCCAAAUCCUGGUCAACAGCCUCCCUACUGCAAAACUGACAGUGGAAUCCAUCAAUACUGUCAAUGAUCUGAUGUCCUGCACUAUUCAGAAGAUCAGAAAUUCCCUAAAUUGACAGCUUUUGCUAAAAAAGGAAAUUUUUUGUACAUGUUCAUAGAAAACAUCAUAUAGGAGGAUUUACGGUUACAUGGGGAGUUUUACAGUGGUGAAGAUUCGAGUCAAGAACGAACCUUAGGCAAUGUAACGUGCUGUUAGUAAUUUUGUGCUGGUAAGUUCGGAAUAUCAUCAGUGACUCAGGUUCGGGUAUUGACUCAUUCUAAUUAUAGCAAAAAAAGCCGGAAACUUUACAUUAACGUUAGCUGUUUGUUUCGGUGUUCAUAACGUUCUCGACAUGGUUAUAGAAGAGUAGGAGAUAAGUGAAGAAAACAGAAUGCAGUUCAUGUUUGUGACUGCAGAUGUUUUCAGAAUUAAUUCUGAAUGUUUUAUAGGUUUUUGAGACUAAAUGAGCUUUUUUUUUUCCUUAUAGUUGUGUGUUUAAAGACUGCCAAAUUUGGUGUAAAUUUAUUAUAAUUUUGGUUUUUUGUUAGGUUCAAAA